AUGGCGCCGCACGCAGCCUCUCGUUUUCUCUCUCUUUUGACCCCAGCUCCCCUGAGCAGGGUCCGCCUCAACAGGGGCCCCCUAGCCGCUUUCAGGGCCCCGUCUCUGGCUUCUGUGCCCUUGCACGCAACAUGGGGCCCCAACGGCUCUCAGAAACGUGGCUUUGCCCACGGCCCCGGCACUGACCUCACAGUUGCCUGCCGCACGUCCACUUCCCCCAGGCCUGACCACGGCCCCACCACCAGCAUGAAUCUCUUCACGGCCAUCAACUCCGCCAUGCACAUUGCUCUGGAGACAGACCCCACGGCAUGCGUUUUCGGGGAAGAUGUUGCUUUUGGGGGAGUCUUCCGCUGCUCGGUGGACCUGCGAGACAAAUUUGGGCACCACAGGGUCUUCAAUACCCCGCUUUCAGAGCAGGGUAUCGCCGGUAUGGCUGUGGGCAUGGCUGCUGUGGGCUACACCGCAAUUGCUGAAAUUCAGUUUGGGGAUUACAUCUUCCCCGCGUUUGACCAAAUCGUAAACGAAGCCGCCAAGUUCCGUUACCGCAGCGGCAACAACUGGAACUGCGGGAAAGUCACUUUCAGGUCUUCCUGGGGCGCUGUGGGCCACGGAGGGCUCUACCACUCCCAGUCUCCGGAGGCAUUCUUUGCGCAUGCAGCAGGACUUAAACUGCAAACCCUAAACCCUAAACCCUAUCUCUCAGUGCGUGUUUGGAAGCGUUUGACAGCUGAGUUGCGAGAAAGGGCAGCUGCUGCUGGCGGUUUUUGCUGCUGCUGCUGUUCAGAUUGUGAUCCCGAGGGGCCCCUACCAGGCCAAGGGGCUGCUGCUGAGCUGCAUCCGAGACGAAAACCCCUGCCUUUUCUUCGAACCCAAGGCGCUUUACAGAGUUGCCACUGA